CGCGUCGCCGCUGAGGUCUGAGCCGUCGUCGAGGCCGCCGCCGCCCAGCCCGGAGCCCCCCGCGCCCCGCGGCACGGCCAGCGCCCGCCAUGUCGGCCCAGGCCCAGAUGCGGGCCCUGCUGGACCAGCUCAUGGGCACGGCCCGGGACGGUUCAGUGUAUCUUUGCCUGCCUACAUCAAUCUGCAAGGGAGUUGCAGAAAAGCCUCAUGUUCAUCGAGCCGAGAUGAAACCAGACAAAGGGUGAAGUUUACAGACGAUCGUGUUUGCAAGAGCCACCUUCUGGAUUGCUGUCCCCAUGAUAUCCUUGCAGGAACACGAAUGGACCUGGGAGAGUGUACAAAGAUCCAUGACUUGGCACUGCGUGCAGAUUAUGAGAUUGCAAGUAAAGAGAGAGACCUGUUUUUUGAGCUGGAUGCGAUGGAUCACCUGGAGUCCUUCAUCGCAGAGUGCGACAGGAGAACAGAACUGGCCAAGAAACGUCUGGCUGAGACACAGGAAGAGAUCAGUGCUGAAGUGUCUGCAAAGGCAGAGAAGGUACAUGAGCUGAAUGAAGACAUAGGAAAACUCCUAGCUAAAGCUGAGCAGCUGGGAGCUGAAGGAAAUGUUGAUGAGUCUCAGAAGAUCCUGAUGGAAGUGGAGAAAGUCCGAGCGAAAAAGAAAGAGGCAGAGGAAGAAUACCGAAAUUCAAUGCCCGCAUCCAGUUUCCAGCAGCAGAAGCUCCGUGUGUGCGAAGUCUGUUCAGCAUAUCUGGGUCUCCAUGACAACGACCGUCGUCUUGCUGACCACUUUGGAGGCAAAUUACACUUGGGUUUUAUUCAGAUUCGUGAGAAACUGGAUCAGCUGAGGAAAACAGUGGCAGAAAAGCAGGAGAAGAGAAACCAGGAUCGUUUGAGGAGGAGAGAGGAGAGAGAACGAGAGGAGAGAAUGGGCAGACGUGCUCCAACAGCUCUGUGGCUGUGUAAAUGGAACACCUCUGCGAGCCUGUACACAGUGGGGAGACAGGAACAGUUACAAGAGUCUGGAUCAAGAAAUAGAGACCGUCGAAGAUCACGGUCUCGGGAUAGGAGGCGGCGACGCUCGAGGUCGGCUUCCCGUGAGCGGCGGAAGUCUCGCUCCCGGUCCCGUGACCGACACAGACGCCACCGGAGCCGCUCCCGCAGCCACAGCAGAGGUCACCGGCGGGGGUCCAGAGACAGGAGUUCAAAACACAAAUCUUCUAGAGAUCGAUCUUCAAGAGAAAAGUCACGAGACAGAGAGAGGAAAGAGAAGAGCUCUUCUGAGAGGCGGCACGAGAGCACAAAUGGCAAAUCUCGUUCCAAGAGAUCAGAAGAGAGAGAAGCUGGCGAGAUCUGAACUCAAAUGAUCUGUGUUGCACUGUAAAUAGUCUGAUAAAACAUUCUACACAAAGCCUAAAUUCCCCAUUUAUAUUUACUGAAUACAACUCAUCUUUUGUAGUUUGGAAUUUUUAUUGUUUGGCAGAUAGCUGUGAGUUUGUAGAGACAGAGUUACGUACUGUUUAACAGGAUCUUGUUUUAGUAGGAAUCAAUAAAUCUGGACGGAUCGUUUCCAAUUCAGGCCUGUGGCUGCCACACUGUGUUUGUCUGACCCAGUGACCGCGGCCACCUCUGCAGCGCUUCAGCCCUUCCCUAAAGAUCUCCCUGACCUUCUGUGAGCACACCAGUAGCACUGGUUCUCAAUUAAUUUCUCCUUCUGUUUAUAUGAAAUUCAGAAGUGGGUUUUUUUUUUCCUUUUAGCGCUUACCUCUUUUUUUACACCUCCAGCAUUUUGAGAGCUGCCUUGCUACUGCAGCUAAGUCAAGACAGACCAAAUUUGGCCCUGAUCUGCCCAUUUUGAAAGCUGUAAUCUUUUGUGAGGAUGACCAGAUGAUCUGGAGCACAUUUUUAAGAGGGGCUCAAGUCUGGUUUAAGUACUUGUCCAGUUCAGAUACAAACAGAACAGUGCAAAAUCAGGGCCAGUGUCUUCAGUAGCGGGGUACAGACCCAGCCUGCCUGUUUUCUGUGCACUCUGGAGUCAGGGCCACUUCCUGGUGUUUUCUGACUUGCGAAAAAAAACAUCUGUGUAUGUGUUUUAUCCAAGGCCAGGCAGGCAGAAGGUGGCCAAGAAGCAGAGGUGACUGGGGCUGGAGUAAAGGCCAGGGCCAGGGUGAGGGAAGGGAAGGCUGGAGCUGCCAGCAGCGCACUGCUGUACCUGGGACCUCAGCACCAACGUGUGGAGGAACUUUGCAUAUUGUAACUCUCUUGUUUGUAACUAGGUUUAUUUUGCAGUGGGGAGGAGCCCCCCCCGCUGUGCCUGACACAGCCCGGACCCCGGACCGGUGCUCUGUGAGUAACGCACUUGCUGCCAGCCGCGCUGGGCGCUGUCGGGGCACGGGGCUGGCUGCUGCUCCUCAACUCGCUGAGGCCGGUGUCACUAAACACUGCUCUCUCCUAACGCGACCUAGAGCGUGACUGUCAGCCUGUGCUCCGGCCGUGCCCGGUGCGGGGGGUCCGGCCGGUGCUCGUCCCUUCCCGUAAAGCUGCUUUAACAGUUUCGGUUCCCCGCGGCCUCCCCGCGCCCCCUCGGUGUUAGUCCUUAGUGCAUGCGACCCCAUCCCUGUUGUUUUACAUCUAACCUGCGGUUCGCGUAUUGUUUUGUGACCCCCGUGCCGGUGCGGGGGGGGCGGCGGGGCGCUCUCGGGGUGUCUGUACGUGCCUGUGCUGUUCUCUCCGGUCUGAUCGCAUUAAAGACUGUGUUUGUGGCUCUCACC